AUGUCAACCUUAACCACUGUCUCUGCCAACACACUCAAACUGGCGAUCCCCAUCGGUGCCGGUGUCAUCUCGCUAGCGUACCUGUGUGCCCAGUUGUUCAUCAACAACGUCCGCACUGAAUAUGAGUCCGAGGAGGUGAUUCCAAAAGUAUCGCUGCGGGAGGGAGACUCAACCCACGAUGUCGAGUACAAUGAGAACCCCGAUGCAUUUUUGCUCCGAUGCGAACAAGCCUAUGGCCCUGUCUUCCUAAUUCAAUGCCUAAACCAGUCUCUGACCGUCGUCUCAGGCCCUUCGCUAGCCAGAGAGAUCCAUUUACACGAAGAUUUCAGCUUCAGAGAUGCUGUCGAACAUAUGACAGGAUACCGGGCGUUCAUCCACAGUGUGAUCAAGAGCCACAAGGAUGUCGACACAAUGUUGCACUUUCAAUUGCUGCGGGAGGGUGUUUCGACCAAGUUGAGCAGCUUUACGCCCGAGAUUGUCCAGAGGAUGACUGUUACGCUGGAGCAGCAUAUUGGGCCGUCCGAGGGAGAGGAGCCGAAGUUGAUUGAAUGGCCUCUGGUUGCUCUUCAGAAUAUCGUCGCUGCCACGAUGGCGCAGAUUUUCAUGGGAUCUGAGAUUGCCGAGAACACACAGGUACUCCAGACGUUCAUCAACUGCACCCACGAUUUCGGCAAGAUCAUCAACCAGAACACCGAAACCCGUGACACCAACAGAAUCCUUAAGAACAAGGCCCAAUAUGGAUAUCUCAGCGCCAUGCACAAGCACCGUCAGGUCCUUUUCGAGGCCGCUCAACCCGUUGUCGAACAGCGUCGUCAACAAGAGCGCCUGGCUGCUGAGCAAGGAGUCGAGUAUGAUCGGCCCCAGGAUAUGUUGCAGAGGAUGUUGGAUAAUGUGGACGAGUAUGGGUUUGUGGAUUUGGAGGACAUUUGUGGGCAUUUGAUCCUGUUGAUCCUGGCGAGCAUGCAUACUACCUUGGAGGCUGGGAUGAACGUGUUGUUUUAUUUAGCGGCGUUUCCGGACUCGCUCCAGCCACUGUAUGAAGAGGUCGAGGCGCUGUUCGAUGAGCAAGCAAAGGACCGUGAGGAGCAGCGUCAGAGCUACCACGAGAAAGGAACAAUGUCCUCAUUUGAGGGCACCGAUCUGGAUCCCUCGGUGGAUCGCGAGAUCACAGAGUUUGUGGUCAAGAGAGCUGUCAAAGUGGACUCGUUCCUGAAGGAGAUGUUCCGGCACCGGAUCGAGCGUCUGGCAAGUUCGCAUUUGGCACGCAAGGAUGUGAUGUUGUCGACAGGGCAUGUCGUUCGUAAAGGCGAGAAGGUCAUUGUUAAUAUGCGAUCGGUUCAUCAGGACAAGGUCCACGGCGAUAAUCUGAGAGAGUUCCAUCCCUGGAGGUUUCUGGGCAAGAACCCUGGUGCUGCCAAGGCCACCAAAGACUACAUGACCUUCGGUCUCGGAAAGUAA